UGCAGUUUCGGUAGCGGUUUAUCACAUGAAUUAUCAGCACAUAGUUCCUCCACAGACUCAUUCACCGGCUUCGGUCUCUACUAGCGACAUCUGAAAGCCUUCUCUCCCCGGUAACAGAAGCUUAACGACCGCCGGCCGCUACUCGGUGUAAAUAUGGCUCUGACCGGUUUAGUCCUCCUGUUUUCGGUCGUUCUGUCCUGUGUGAGCGCCGGAGUGUUUUUCAACCAGAAGCAGCCGUGUUAUGUCCGCUCCCCGAGGAAACACGACUUCGGGCUGAAGACUGCUCCUCGUCCUCAUGAGUAUUUAAACAUUUCUGAACUGCCAAAAUCCUGGGACUGGAGGAACAUCAGUGGCACCAACUUUGUGAGCACGACCCGCAACCAGCACAUCCCCCAGUACUGCGGCUCCUGCUGGGCCCAUGGCAGCACAAGCGCCAUGGCAGAUCGUAUUAACAUCAAGAGGAAAGGAGUGUGGCCCUCUGCUUAUCUCUCAGUCCAGAAUGUGGUGGACUGUGGGGACGCCGGCAGCUGCCACGGAGGAGACCACAGUGGAGUGUGGGAGUACGCGAACAAACAUGGCAUCCCAGAUGAGACCUGCAACAACUACCAAGCUAAGGACCAGACGUGCAAACCCUUCAAUGAGUGUGGCACCUGCACCACCUUUGGAGUGUGCAACAUUGUGAAGAACUACACCCUGUGGAAAGUGGACGAUUUUGGAGCUAUCAGCGGGAGGGAGAAGAUGAUGGCCGAGAUCUACGCCAGAGGACCCGUUAGCUGUGGGAUAAUGGCCACAGACACGUUGGAUGCAUACACCGGAGGUCUGUACAUGGAAUAUCAGGAGGAUCCUUUCAUCAACCACAUCGUGUCAGUGGCAGGGUGGGGAGUGGAGAACGGUGUGGAAUACUGGAUUGUACGCAACUCCUGGGGAGAGCCAUGGGGGGAGAAGGGCUGGCUCAGGAUCGUGACCAGCGCCUACAAGGGAGGAAGUGGAAGCACCUACAACCUGGCGCUGGAGGAGGACUGCAUGUACGGAGACCCAGUGGUCCCCAAGGGAUAUCUGUAGAUGAACCAGCGUCACUUCACACAUCUUCCUGUUUCUGGUAGAGGGAUGGCUUUUAUGUGUAAAAGUUGAAAAGGGAAUAUGUUCUGAUUUUUUUUCACGAGGUCUAUUUUCUACACUUGUUAUCAGGGGAUCAAAGUUCAGUGCCAUGGUCUUCCAGCUGGAUCUCAGACCUGCUUGAAUCAACGUACCACAGAUAGUGAUUACAAAUAUACAUUUAUCAGAAGGGCUGAAACACAGCAUUGCUAAUUUGUGCUAAAUUCAUGCUCAGCCUGCUGAAAAGCCAUAUUAGAGAGGGGAAAGAUGCAAGACAUUCUUCGGGUUUUUUUUUUAGAUAAGAUAAUGCAAGCUGACUCAGCCAAAGAACAUAGCUUAUAAUUUGUCCUGUACUUCUC